GAGAGGCGGCGGUCGGUGGCGAGCGGGGCGGCGGAGCGGAGCCGGGAUGGCAGCACCGCUGCGGGCCGCCCUGGCGCUGGGGCUGCUGGCGGCCGCCCAGCCCGCCCCGGCCGCGGGGCAGCGGCGGCAGGCGGAGCUCUUCCUGGAGAAAUACGGCUACUUCAGCGGGCCGGGGGCCGGCAGCCACAGCCCCGCCGAGUUCUCCGAGGCGCUGAGGGAUUUCCAGCGGGUGACCCACCUGCCGCUCAGCGGGGUGCUGGAUGCCCCCACGCUCCAUCAGAUGGCUCUGCCCAGGUGUGGCACCCACGACGGGCACGGCCGCGCUGCCGGGGCACCGCCCGCCCGCCGCCGCCGCACGGCACGGCACGGUGGGCGCUGGUACAAGCGGCACCUGACGUACCGGGUGGUGAACUGGCCGUCCUACCUGCCGCAGCACGAGGUGCGCCUGGCCGUGCGAGCCGCCUUCCAGCUCUGGAGCAACGUGUCCUCGCUGCGCUUCGGGGAGGCGCGGGGCGGCCCCGCGGACAUCCGCCUCACCUUCUUCCAUGGAGACCACAACGACGGGCUCAGCAACGCCUUCGAUGGGCCAGGAGGUGCCCUGGCCCACGCCUUCUUCCCCCGGCGAGGAGAAGCCCACUUCGACAGCGCCGAGCGCUGGUCCCUGCACAGCGGCAAGGGCCGCAACCUCUUCAUCGUGGUGGCCCACGAGGUCGGGCACACGCUGGGGCUGCAGCACUCGCCCGUCAAGAGCGCCCUGAUGUCUCCCUACUACAAGAAGCUCAGCAAGGAUUUUGUCCUCAGCUGGGAUGACAUCUUGGCCAUCCAGAACUUGUACGGAAAGCCCUCCAAGGGCUCAGCUAUCCAGCUCCCAGGGAAGGUCUUCACUCACUUCCAGGACUGGAACAUGGACCUUCACGGCAGGGACCGCCAGCAGAGGAGCCUCAGCACCUAUUACUGCCACUCCUUCUUCGAUGCCAUAACCGCCGACGGGGAUCACAACCUCUACAUCUUCAAGGGAAGCCACUACUGGGUGGUGUCAGCCAGUGGCAACGCCAGUGACCCGCGGCCGCUGCAGCCACGCUGGCCCGGCCUCCCCGCCGGCAUCGACGCCUGCGCCUGGUCCCAGCUCACUGGGAAGUUCUACUUCUUCAAAGGCGGCCGAUGCUGGCGCUACGCGGGCUCCGAGCUGGAGGCAGGAUUUCCCCGAAAAUGCAGCGCCCUGGGGCUGCCCCGGCACCCGGACACCGCUCUGUACUUCCAGCAGCUCCGCCGCCUCGUCCUCUUCAAAGGCCCCAAGUACUUCGUGGUGGGCGAGGAGCCGCUGGGCGUGGAGCCCUACUACCCCCGCAGCCUGCGGGACUGGGCAGGGCUGCCCGCGGGCACGGCCGGGGCUGUCCCCCACCGCCACGGCUCCGUCUACUUCUUUCGGGAUGAUCAGUACUGGAAAUUCGACCAGGCCAAGCUGAGAGUGGUGGCCAGCGGUAAAUGGGCCAUGGAGCUGGCCUGGAUGGGCUGCUGGGAUGCCAACAGUGAGCAGGAGGUGCUGUGAGCACGGCGUGAUGGGUGACACGGGGAUGGACCUCGCCUGGAUCCCUCUUGGUGUGACUCUGGGGUCCUGUCUGAGGGUGGAGCCGUGGGACGGAGGAGCAGUGACCCAGCAGAGCUCGGGUGCAGUGGGACAGGUGUGCCACAGCCAGGUGACCUGCAGGCUUUGGGACAGGAUAUUUUACACAGACCACAAAAAUGAUAUGUAUCAGCCGUGGAGACUGCAAACACACCCAUUUCUGUUAACUUUCAGGAUAUUGUUACACGUGUGUUUCAAACCAGGACUGGGGUUUGGUGAUACUUUUUGAUAUCUUUGUUGAUACUUGUUGAUAUCUGUCAUUUCCCACAAUCAGGUGGAGAAGCGUCUCGCUGCUGCUUGCUUUGGGGUUUGGAUGGUUUUCAAGAACAGGCUGACAACAUCUCCUGCUUAAAACUAAAAGAAAGGAGAUAUUUGGACAAAAAUUCGGGUCCAUGUGGAGCUUUGCCCCUGCUAUUUGUUCAGACCCUGGGGUAUGGAGGGUUGGGGAUGCUUUGCUGGGCUGUGCUCACAUCCCAGUGCUCUGCUGAGGCAGCACCACAGUGGAUUUUGGGGCUGAAGGCAGCGGGGUUUGGGGUGGAGAGAAAAGGGGGGCUCAGCUGAGCUCUGGCCAUGGCACGGUGCAGCUCCCAGGCAGCAGGAGCAUUGCCUGUCAGAGGGGUUUGGGGGGACUGGGAGGGUCCUCCCGUGUCUGACAAGGGCUGUGCUCAAGGGCAGCCCCCCCUGUGUGCACAGAAAGUGUCUGUGCUCUGCUGCCUCUGCAAGGGACACAGGAUCAGCGAAUUUCUGAGUCCCUGGGCCCCACCCGGAUGAACGAGGGUGACAAAUCACUGGGGGAGGAGGGGAAGAGGAGAGGCUGAGCAGGACACAGGACAUGCCUGUGCAUGCAGGCCCACGGGGACAGUGUGGCUGCAUACUCCUCAUUCCUUUCCCAAGGCAGACUCCCCACCUGGAAACGCUGCAGACUCCUGGGCAGGGUCACCAGCGGUGUCUGCAAAGGGCCACGGUGUCCCAGGGCUGGGGAUGGACCUCAGCUUCCCAGGGCUGGAGUUCUGAGGGAUUGGUGCUGAGCAGGACAGGGCUCAGCUUUGUGAAAUGAUUUAUUGAAACCAUGUGUGCAGGUUCUGCCAGGACUCAGAGCCCAGCAGCUCUGCUCCUGCUGUGCCACGUCAGGGUGCUGUGCUGGGUGCCACGCCAGGGUGCUGUGCUGGGUGCCACGUCAGGGUGCUGUGCUGGGUGCCACGUCAGGGUGCCCUCCUCAUGCCAGCAGCUUCCAGGAUUCCUCUUUUCCUCAUCUUUUCCCUUUCCAGACCUUCCCUGCAGAGCAGGGUUUGCCCCAAGCCGGAUGCCAGGGCUGGUACUUCCUGAGGGCUUUCGGUGCUGCCAGAUGCCAGCUGAGCUGUGGGUUUGGCAGGAUGGGGAGCCAGCACUCUUCCCAUUCCCCAAAACACUUGUGAGUGAGCCCUUCAUGUGCAGACAGAGACACAGAGUCUUCACCUGCCCAGAACCUCAGGGGAUUUUCCACAUUGCCAAAGAAACACACAUUUUCAUAGGAACUGAAUGAUAAUAGGGCGAGGUGGCCUGCAGGGAGUCCCAAGGGCUUGGAGACUUGACAGCAAAUAAAACCAACCUCUGGAUCUGUGGAA